AUGGAUGCAUCGGAUGCAUCAGUGGCCAUAGCACUAGUGUUGGCACUGGACUCUGAAAAACCUCCUGCACAAGCCUUAGCAGAAGAGGUGGGAUCAUACCGGUUCUCUAUUUGUACGGUGGUGUGGUAUGAUAUCCUUAGAAAAGUUCAGACUGUGAUUAAACUUCUGCAAUCACAAUGCAUGCAUCUGGAUGUAGCUGUUGACAUUCUCAAGAAAGCUGAAACCUCCCUUGUUAGCUACAGAGACACUUGGUUUGCUGAUGCCCAGGCAUCUGCCGAAGAAAUAUGUGAGGAGAUGAAUGUGGAAUCUGCUCUAAAGCAGAAAAGACUCAGAACUACUAAAAGGCAGUUUUCCUAUGAUGCCCCUGAUGAACCUAUUACCGAUGCCUUUUCAUUUUUCAAUGUAGUUGUGGAUAUGGCCAUUGAAUCUCUGAGAGAGAGAACUUGA